AGUUCUCACCGCGAGCGUUUCCGCUCACCUAAAAUACGGAGCUGGCGAGUCGAGGAGGACGAGGAACAACGCGGAACAGUACUGAGGAACUAACGCUCGACGACGAAGACACAAUUUUGUUAAAAUAUUAUUCAGCCACAUUCUAGUUUUUGGGUGUGUCCAUUUUUUACAACCAUUAAUGCAUCGAGUGUGAAGCAGUGAGAGGAGGCUCGCGCUGUUAACCUUUACGCUGGUUAAGCCGCAGAGGACUCUCGCUGGUCGCCGGAGGGGAAGAUGUGCGAUGGAAUGGUAGCGUUUCAGACGAGAGCCCCGUCCUCCUCCUCCUCCGUCCGAGCCCACAGGCUGGCUGCCGCCGCGCUCCUCCUCCUCUUCACCCUGCUCCCCAAUGGCCACGCAUCAGGUUGCGCGCGGCCCCCCGGCGUGCUGCACGGAGACCUGCUAAACCAGACUGAAGCUAACCGGGGCUCUUUCCCCCCGGGCACCCUGCUGACGUAUGGCUGCGAGCCCGGCUACACUGCGGAUGGAACCACCGCCAUCAUUUGCACCAGCUCUGGGGCCUGGUCCCAUCAGCCUCCACGCUGUAUCCGAAGCGGCGCGUGUUCCCCCCCCACUGAGCCAGAGAACGGGGGCUACCGCUGUCACCCGUCUCCCUGCCACAGCCUCACCCAGAAGACCGUCAUCGAAUACUUCUGCUACGAGGGAUACGCUCUGAAGGGCGACUACAAGUUCCUCACCUGCCAGGACGGCGAGUGGGACGGCCCCAUGCAGAUCAGCUGCCGACUCACACAAGACAAGGAGCCGAGCUCCCCGCUGGGCAUCCCCGCUCUGUCCAUCGUGGCGUCCACAGCUAGUUCUGUGGCGCUCAUCCUGCUGUUAGUGGUGCUGUUUGUUCUUGUGCAGCCCAAACUCAAGUCCUUCCACCACAACAGGAGGGAGCAGGGGGUCUCGGGCGAGUCCAGCUCCGUCAUGGUCGAGGGCGUCCAGGUGGCACUGCCCUCCUACGAAGAGGCUGUGUACGGAAGCGGUGGACCCGCUGCCGCUUCCGGUCCUCCUCCUUCUCCGCCUCCUCCUUCGGCUCCGGCGGAGUCUCGGGUCCCGAUCGUGCUCUCCGAGGGUCUCCCUCAGGGAGCCACGGGGGGCCGCGGCACCGGCAGAACACGCCACAACAGAGACUUAGACUUCUGCCUCCCGUCCACGUCGUCGUCCUCCUCGUCCUUCUCCUCCCGCCGUCACGCGGAGACGGUGCUGGUUCAUCAGGCCCCCUCCUCCUCCUCUUCCUCGCCAUGGGCUCGAGGGCACCCUGGGGGUGCAUGCGCAGGCCCCCUACCUCUCCGCAGAGACUCCGAGAGCAGCGACCAGCACAGUCUGCUUUCUGUCGCCUCUGCCGAUGACUUUUCUGACGAUAUUCCCCUGCUGAAGGAAGCAUGAAGCCUCCUCGCCUGCUCUCGGCAUCAGCAGCGGAGGCCUGACUUGUCUCUCGCUCGCUGCUGACUGACUGUUGCUGUCGCCCUACUUCCCCCGAUUGCCCUCAGCAGCCAGCAGAGAAAAGACUUGAACUGUUCCCCAUUGCCCGUCCCACCUCUUCUGCCAUUACUCCCCAUGCAGAGCAAAGCCAACCACCGCUACCCGCUACGAUGGAGCGCCACUGGACCCGGCUGCUGGAUCACAAGGCGGAGACAAUCCAGACAGAUAAAGCGGUGCCAGCUCAACAUAAAUCCUGUCGAUCCGAUGUAGAACGUCCACACUGAGUCAUGCUUGUGUCCUUUAGGCGGUGUUCGCACCACACACUUGCACCCAGGUGCCGUUCUCCAUCAAAACGAUGCUCAUAGCGGCUUCAUCGGAGAAGGCGAUAGCGAUCGAGACGCGUCGACUCCGUCUGGGAUUACUGCGGAUAGAAAAAUAAAUAAUAAACACGUGUGCCGUCCGCUCCUGCUGCUGUGGCGCUCAGAACCGUCUUCCCGCUGUACUUGAAUAGUCGUGAGUGUCGGCUGGGUUUUUAGGGCCCGCUUUGUGAAUGCUGCAUGUUGUUUUUGGUAAGUGCUGUCACAGCACGGUGGCACUCUGAAUGAAGCCUCCAGGGUCUCCCCCCCCCCCCCCUCUCUCUCGCUCUCCCUCGCUUUCCGAGUAUCGGGCCGUCGUCUAGCAUUUGGGAUGGUGGGAUUGAGAACCGCUUGACGACAGCUGCAGCGUUACGAAGUACCAUAUCGCAACGAUACGAAGACCCUUUCUUUCUUUUCUGUUGCCAUCUGCACCCACGAUCUGGAAGUGGCUCCUUCUGUCGCAUGAGUGGCAUUGAUUGGUGUUUUGGGAGGAGGAGGAGGAGGAGGAGGAGCAUCAUUUGACAGUUUGUAUAAAAGCUGAGGAGAGGGUGGUGUUCGGGCAGAUGACUAAACUUCAGGGUUGUGCGUGUCUAGUUUUGUUCCCUGUAUUUAUUGGCGUGUUGCUAAGUUUUAUUUGAGUUGCUGAUUGUGUGUGUGUGUGUGUGUGUGCAUCAUUGUGCGUCAGGCAGGAGAGGACAUGUCCUCGACGGAGCCAUUUCCUGAUUUGCCUUCCCAAUGCCCCGUCUGUCACCAUCAGAAGAUGUCCCUCCCAGCAUUGAAUAAGUCACAUGAUCAACCCGGCGUCACUUCAGGCAACGAGUCCACUACACAAUGUGUGUAGUAGUCGUCCACUACACAAUGUGUGUAGUAGUCGUCCACUUUCAAGCUAGAAUAUUCAUCAUUUUCUGCUGAAUUACUGGAAAACACGAGUCCCCUGAGAGGAACUGGCUCUCGUCCACCUUCACGCUGAACCGAAGGCUCUCGACUUUAGUGCGUUAUGGACACAACUGCAACUGGUUGCAGUGGAACGCUAACGUUUGGUUAUAUAGCACCCCCCCCCCCCCCCCCUCGCCACGUGCACUCACUCCCCCCCCCCCCCUCCCUCAUGCCAAGUGGAAAUUUAUGAGUGAAUAAUUCUAUGUUGUCUGAAAUCAUCUUCUGUUCUCGUCUCCAGUUGAAAAAGCUUUGGUGGUUGAGCUGGUAACCGUGGAAACAGCAUGACUCCGAAGUAUCCUGGGAAUUACUUUUCAAGCUUCAGAAAAAACAAACGCGUCUGAAUUUCUAUUCUGAUUUAGUUUGGCAUCGUGGCCGCCUGUCAUUGUCAACGGCUGCAUCAUUGAUGCAAACAGAGUGUUGCCUUAGACUUAUACAUCAUCUCUUUUCUUUUUGUAUAAUCUUAACCCUCGUUCAAAAUCGCAACAGAUUCUGUUUUCCCAAUGGCCUUACUCUGUUCUUUUCUAUUCUAUGCAUUCAACUGUCUGUGUAUUUAUCAGUUUACUUUUGGUGUGGACGCGACUGAAAGUCUUCUCUGUCCUCCCCGAGCUUUUACAGCUACUGCGAAUAUGAUGAUACACCUAUAAGCACCUAUAUUUCACUAUUCUUUUGCUUCUUUGCUUCAAGGCAUUACAAUAAUAUGGGAUUGAAAAGAAGAAGAAAAACUCAAACGAACUUUGCAUUCAGAAUCACUGUUGUACGGUGUCGCUGAAAAUUACAGGUUAAAAAACUACACCUCUUGAUUCUUAGUUUCAAAUGCUUUGAUUUUUCCUCCGUACAUGGCAAGUGGGUGUGGCGAUAGUAAUUUAAUAUUUGUAUAAAGUUUAAUUUAAUUUUACAGUGUGUGUAUAUAACUUUCUAAUUAAAGCUUUCUUUUGAAUGUGGAA